UGAACCACGUGGAUGAUUUGUCAUCGGACUGUGUGUGUGCUUGCUGUUGUGUUGGAGGCAAACAAAACGCAGAACGACGUGGAAGGAAGCAGAGAAAUCAGCUGUUGGGCAUACUUGUGAAUGCCUCCCCCCACGAGUUGGACGGGAGAAGCGCGGGAGACGCAUAUGCAAGUCCGCGACGCGAAAGACACCGAAGACGACGGCUGAUCUGGGGUACAGGAAACGGAGCGGCAGACCACAGACGGCAGUCGGAGUUGAGCAUUCGAGCUUUCGAGUUCGUUUCAGAGGCGCAAAAUCGUGGCUUAGUUGUACUUUCAACUCUCUUUCUCUCACUCACUGAAUUCAUCACUUUGGAAAUAUAUUUGUGAAACACAGUUGGCUUGUGAAAAAAUUCCAUUUCUAGGCUCUGAAAAGUGUAGCUCACAAUUGUGGCUUUUGCUGAGCUGACGAGAGAGAGGUAAAAAAGUGACAAAUUUGCGUGCAAUAAAAUCAUCUGAGCAGACGUUAUCAGCAUUAAUUGAGCAGUUGAAGUGAUUGAGAAUCUGGCGAGAGAAAAGAGUAGGAAAAUUUCAAGCUCGAAAAUCCUUCACUUGACGAAGGAAAUCCUUGUGAAGGUAAAAGUGCGUGAAGUGGGCUAUCCUGAAGGACACUUGAGGACACGAGAAAGGCGCGUCUUUGUGCAGCAUCCAACAUGGCAUUGAGAGUAGUGGGUUUAUUGAUUCGUCAGGAAGUGAGCAAGGCGUCAACGCGCAUGUUCAGCUCCAGCGUGAGGUCCAUGUCCAGCGUCCUGGCCAAUUCGCCCAAUGCUGACUUCAACAAGAAGCUGAUGGAUCGCUAUGCUCGUCUUAAGUUGGACCCCAAUAUCAUCCAAGCUACGUAUGUGUGGAUUGAUGGAACAGGGGAAAACGUGCGAUCUAAGGCUCGUGUUCUUAACAAGAAGCCUGAGUCUCCGGCUGAGGUGCCCAAGUGGAGUUACGACGGAAGCUCCACGUAUCAGGCUCUAGGAGGUAACUCUGACACCACACUGGUGCCCAGGGCGAUCUACAAGGACCCCACGAGAUUUGGCGCUAACGAUAUCAUCGUAAUGUGUGACACUUACAAACCCGAUGGAGACCCUUGUGACACGAAUCACAGGUGCGCUAUGCAGCACACUAUGGACAAGGUGAGCGAUCAGGAGCCCUGGUUUGGAAUUGAGCAGGAGUACACAUUCCUGGACUUCGACAAUCGCCCUCUGGGCUGGCCAGCUCAUGGUUUUCCCGGGCCCCAGGGUCCCUAUUACUGUGGCGUCGGGGCGGACAGGGUAAUUGCCAGGGAUAUCGUGGAAGCACAUGCAAUGGCCUGCAUCUAUGCUGGUGUGAACUUUGCCGGAACCAACGCUGAGGUCAUGCCAGCUCAGUGGGAAUAUCAAGUGGGUCCCAGUCUGGGCAUGAAGUGUGCCGAUGAUCUCUGGAUCUCGCGAUAUCUGUUGUGGCGCGUGGCUGAGGACUACGGAGUGGUCGUGACAUUUGAUCCCAAACCCAUGGAGGGUCCCUGGAACGGAGCUGGAGCUCACACAAACUUUUCCACUCGCGCUAUGCGAGAGGAUGGCGGCCUGAAAGUGAUCGAGCAGGCAAUUGAGCGCCUGUCCAAGAAACAAGAUCAUCACAUCCGCUGCUAUGAUCCUCAUGGUGGGAAGGACAAUGAGCGCCGUCUUAUUGGACGUCUGGAAACGUCCUCGAUCAAGAAGUUCUCCUGGGGCGUGGCAGAUCGUGGCGUCAGCGUUCGUAUUCCACGUGGAGUGGCCGAUGCUGGAAAAGGCUACCUCGAGGAUCGCCGGCCAAGCUCCAAUUGCGAUCCUUAUGCCGUGUGCAAUGCAAUCCUCGACACUUGCUGCGCCUAAAUAGGCUCACAGUACGGGUGUGAAGCGUCAAAAUUGGUUGUUAAAUUUGGUAAAACUCACAAUAAUAUCACUGUAACAAUAUCUAUUCGCUAUAUCAAUUACAAUUGUACAAUUAUAUCGAUGUGACUGUUUUUGGAGACAUAUUGAAAAAGAGGAUGUUUAGAGUAUAUUUUACGUUGCAAGACAUAUCGUUAGAAAAUUUUUGGUGAACCAAAUUGCUCUAUAAGUCGAUGUUAUGAGAUUGUUGUAGUUUAGAGAAAGAAAUAUCAACCUGACGAGGUGUUUUUUGUCCACUAAAUUUAACCUUCUUUUAGAAAGAUUGAUCAUUUUAUAAGAUAAAGAAAAUGUGCAUUUAGGUUUAUAACAAAUUUUCUACAAUUUUAGUUAAGAAAUUUUCAAACACAAGGAAAAGUAUGUGAUUUUCUCUUGUCUAAGAAAAUGCGAUUGUGCAAAAAUGAAAAAAAACAACAACUAUUAUAUGGACUCAAAUUUUAGUAGUUAAAUUUUAAGCAUGAGAAUACAUUGAUUUCGUUGCAUAAAUUGUAAGGUAUCAGUAUUUAGUUUUGUAGUGGGACACAAAAAACAUAAUAAAACGCUGAAUCGAAUAAGAAAAUGAUAUAUAAAAGAGUUCUUUGUAAGUCUAUAUCGGGGUGAUGAUGUGCAAAAACCUUUGUCUAAGUUAAAUACAUAUUUUGUAAAUACAGUUA